AUGUCUAAGCCUGAGGAUCUUCCCCCUAUGGAGUACCGCUUUCUGGGCCGCUCUGGUCUUCAGGUCAGCGCCAUCAGCUUGGGAGGCUGGUUGACAUAUGGAGGCCACGUCGACGCCGAGGGCACUUUCGAGUGCAUGAAGGCCGCCUACGACUCCGGUGUGAACUUCUUUGAUACCGCUGAGGGCUACGCCAACGGCGAGAGCGAGAUUGUCAUGGGCCAGGCCAUCAAGAAGUAUGGCUGGAAGCGUAAUGAUCUCGUCAUUUCCACAAAGAUUUACUGGGGUGGUGCUUUCGGCGACAACGUCGUAAACAACAAGGGCCUGUCCCGUAAGCACGUCAUCGAGGCUAUGGACGCUUGUCUUGAGCGUCUUGACCUCAAGUACGUCGAUCUCGUCUACGCCCACCGCCCUGAUCGCCAGACCCCCAUGGAGGAGACGGUACGCGCCUUCAACCACCUUAUCAACACUGGUAAGGCCCUGUACUGGGGAACAUCGGAGUGGAGCGCCGAUGAGAUCGCCCAGGCCUGGCGCUACGCCGAUAAGCUGAACCUGGUCGGCCCCGUCAUGGAGCAACCCUCGUACAGCAUGCUGGACCGCAAGAAGGUCGAGCACGAGUUCUUCCACCUCUACCGCGAGGUCGGCACCGGCCUGACCGUUUUCUCCCCGCUGCGCCAGGGCAUCCUCUCUGGCAAGUACAAGAACGGCAUCCCCGAGGACUCGCGCUUCGGAUCCGAGAACAUUGGAUUCAUCAAGGACUUCUGGAAGCGCGAGAACGCCAAGAAGCAAUUCCAGGAUCUUGUUGACAAGGCCAACAAGAUUGAGCCCAUUGCCGAGAAGCUCGGCAUCAAGAUGGCCACGCUGGCGCUCGCAUGGGUUCUGAAGAACAAGAACGUCAGCUCGGCCAUUAUUGGCGCGAGUAGUCCCGCGCAGGUGUACGAGAACAUCCGCGCCAUUGGCGCGCAGGAAUUGUUGACACCUGAGAUCCUCAAGGAGAUUGACGAAGCCCUCGACAACAAGCCUGAUGCCAUCACCCCCAGAUUCUAA